AUGAAGCUGGAGGUGUUCUCGCAGCACUAUGAGGACAAGCUGAGCACCGGCAGCGACCAGGAAGGCAGCGGCUCGCUCUCCCCGGCUCCGGCGGAGAGCGAGCUGGGCUCGGACGGCGACUGCGCGGCCAACAGCCCGGGCGGCGGGGCCGGACGGCAGGGGCAUCCCCCGCCGCCGCCCCCCACGCCGCAGCCCCCGCCACCGCCGCCGGCCGAGAGCGCCAAGGGGAAGCCCUACACGCGGCGGCCGAAACCGCCCUACUCCUACAUCGCGCUGAUCGCUAUGGCCAUCCGCGACUCGGCCGGCGGCCGCCUGACCCUGGCCGAGAUCAACGACUACCUGAUGAGCCGCUUCCCCUUCUUCCGCGGCGCCUACACCGGCUGGCGCAACUCGGUGCGCCACAACCUGUCCCUCAACGACUGCUUCGUCAAGGUGCUGCGCGACCCGGCGCGGCCCUGGGGCAAGGACAACUACUGGAUGCUGAACCCCAGCAGCGAGUACACCUUCGCCGACGGCGUCUUCCGCCGCCGCCGCAAGCGCCUCAGCCGCGCCGCCCCGCCGCCGCAGCCCGCCCGCCCCGCCGCCGGCGCUCCGCCGCAAGUGCCGCAGGAGGCGGCCGGAGCGGGCGCCGCGUCCCCCGGCGCUUCCCCGCGGUGCUGCUGCGCCUCCUCUCCCUGUCGCUGCGCGCCGGGCGCCAAGGAGGCCGCGCCGGGGGGCGGCGGGGCGAGGCCGGCGGGCGGCGGCGGCGGCGCCGCCAAGUUCUCCAGCUCCUUCGCCAUCGAGAGCCUCCUGCAGCGGCCGGCAGGACCCCGCGCCGCCCCGCAGCCGCCACCGACACCGCACGCCCGCCUGGUGUGGCCGGCGCCGCCCGCGGCCCCGCACCUGCUCCCCGGCCCCUAUCCGCUGCUCCCUUACCCACCUGCCGCGCAGCCCCCGCCCGCCGCCGCCGCCCUCUACGGCGGGGGCCUCCUGCAGCUCUGCGCCUACGGGAUGGGAGAGCCGUCGCCGCCGCCGCUGCUGCUGGGGGGCGGGCGGCCCGCGCUGGCCUCGGGGGAGCCGUCGCCGCUGGCGGAGCGGCCGCGGGCGCCGCUGUUCCACGCCGGCCUCCCCAAGGGCGGGCGGGGUCCGCCGCCCGGCUCUCCGCUCUACGGGCCCCUCCGGCUCGCCGGGCCGCUGCCGCCGGCGGCGGCGGGGGGCUCGGCCUCGUUCCAGCCGUACGCCGUGGAGACCCCCCUGGCUUAAUGGAGCCCCCCUCCUUCCCCUGCGAGGGACCUGCCCGGGGAGGCGUGGAGGGGGAAAGGAGGAGGCUCUGGAUCCCGCACUUUAACUCCAGAGGCGACCACAGCCUCCAAGCGAAAGCCCCGGUGACUGUGCCUUAGUGAAAUGACAGUGGGUUUAACUUAAGCCAAAAAAAAAAAAGGAAAAAAAAAUAUCAAACAAUUGUCGGUUUGGACAUAGCCAUGAGCCUCAAGUGCUUCUUACUGUUCGUUGGGACUACUUGACUUAAGUCAGUCCCUCUCCACGUCUUUUCUAUGUCCCUCUCUUGUCCCCACAUCUCCUGCUACCGAAGCCUGGGGCAGCAGAGCGGGGGUGCCCCGCCGAGGGGCGCGGUGGCGGCCGCUGGGGGAUGCGCUGUGCGCUUGGGAGGGCGGGGAGGAGGGAGGGGGCCGGGAACAGCAGGGACAGAGGAGGGGAGGGGGCCGGGGUCUGCUGUGGAGCCGUAGGUCUGUACUGCAAAGCAAUGCAUCACUGUGCCAAAAGAAACCUUUUCUCUUGUCCGGCAAGCUAGCAUUUCGUGGGAAGGGAGGAUAUUAAAUUAUUUAUAAAAGUAAUGUUUUUAACACAAAGAGAGUGAAGCUUUUUAAAUUAAUUAUUGGAGGGGGUGGGAGAGGGAAUAAGGCUCAAGGAAAUGUCAGGCGUUGUCUCCUGUACUGGCUGGAGUUCUACAUUUAUGGCCAAGACCACUGCUACUGGAAAGAGAAGAGUAAUUUUUUCGUAUUUUAUUUUUGUGUUUGUAUGUAAUAUUUGUGCGUGUGCAUUUUUUUGACGCUCGGCCACCAUGUUUUUCCGGUUUUGUUUUGUUUUAUUUUUCCUUUCUCCUUUCCCCCUAAUAAAAGCUGCCCCCUAAAUAAAGGCGGUAAAAAGGAGAAGAGCAUGAUGUGUGUUCUGGCGUGAGGGAGGGAAGCCUGUCGUGGGAUAACCUUGACCGAGAAGCUUGGCUAGGGCUGCCCGCCCUUUCAUCCCCAUCCCUACCGGUGGGUAGAGGUGCCACCUAUGGGCCCGCCUUACUUCAGUCACGGGAGACGAGAGGUUCUGCUCUUGGACUGCCGCCAGGUAUGAAAGUCCUUUGCAAUUCCUCGAGCCAAAUUAGAAUUUCCCGCCGCCGUUUAGCCCUGCAGGAAUGCUGGCGAUUCGAUUUGCAGACGGAGAGAUUUGCGAGCAAACUGCCUGACUUAGGGACAGCCUGUGAAAAUCCUGUACAUCUACUUUUGUUUUUUGGGGUUUUUUUGUGUUUUUUUUUUUUUUUUUUCAUUUUUGUUAUUUUUCUCACGAAGGACAGCAGGAGACGUGUCGACGUGUAAUCCUGUUGUCAUCUCUCGGUCCAAGGAAAACUCGCUUCCUGAAGGUCGUUGGCAGUACCGGGCUCCGACUGCUUGUGGUGGUGACACCCCCUCUGGCACCUACAGCGGGGGAAACCUCAGCAGGGUGAAGGCUGGGGAGUAUCUGCUGCUAAUAAAAAGUUUGCACGCGUUGCCUUCUCCCGACGGGCUUUAUGUUAAGGCUGAUUUGUAUUGCCAGAAGUGAUCAGCAAAGCCUCAGACUAAGUCGGAAAAAGGAAAGUUUGGGGCGCUGGUUGCCUGUGCUUCCCAAUUACAAAUCAGUGUUGUCCCCGAGCUCGAACAGUUUAUACAAAUGCUGAAAUGAUCAUUCAGGUUUCGUUUGUUCAGUUGUUUGUUUUCAUUAACACAGUAAAAAGUAUGAAAAUCGGCGCGUUUUU